AUGGCUACCAGUGGAAAGGGAUCAGGUUAUGAUCAUUUGAUUUCCAUAUUCUCUCCUGAAGGUCGUCUUUAUCAAGUUGAAUAUGCCUUUAAGGUCAUUCAAAGUUCAGGGCUUACUUCUCUUGCAAUCAAAGGAAAAGAUUGUGUUGUUGCGGUUUCACAGAAAAAACUCCCAGACAAAAUGAUCGAUCCAACGACAGUUACCUCCCUUUAUUUAAUAACGAAAGGAACUGGGUGUGUGGUCUCUGGAAUGCAAGCCGAUGGCUUGUCUCAGAUUUCAAGAGCAAGGCACGAAGCCGCCGAAUUCAAAUAUAAAAAUGGCUAUGAAAUGCCAUGUGAGCUUUUGGUGAAAAGAAUGGCGAAGCUUAACCAGGUCUCCACCCAACAGGCUGGAAUGCGUCCAAUGGGUGUUGCUAUUACUUUUAUUGCAUUUGACGAGGAGAAAGGCCCUGUUUUGUUCAAGCUGGAUCCGGCCGGCCAGAUGAUAUCCUUUAAAGCCACUGCAUCGGGGCAAAAGUCGCAGGAACUUAUGCAGGAGUUAGAAACCCGACUUAAAAAGAAGCCGUUCGAUGAAUAUUCCAUGGAGGAAAUAAUUGAAGUUGCUAUUACGGCCCUUUCUGUCGUCAUAUCUCAUGAAUUCAAACCGGAUGAGAUAGAGAUUGGCGUUGUUUCAAAGGAAUCGCCAUCCUUCCAAAUCUUGUCGCAGGAAAGAAUCGAUAACAUCUUGAGUGUUCUGGCAGAUAAAGAUUACUAA